GAGCCUCCGCCGGGAGCCGCGCCGGUGCCGCUUCGGCCCGUACGGCCCGGAGGAGCUGGGCAGCUGCACCCUGCGCUUUGCUGUCUACACCAGGUCACGGAGCCUCCAGGAUUCCUUCGUGGGCGAGGUCCUGUUCCCCUGCGCCGAGGCCUCCUGGGACCCCCGCGCCCCCUCCAGCUACUCCUGGGAGCUGGCAAGCACCAAAACCAAGCUCAGUCCCAGGUGGUUUCACAGUGUCUCCUGCUCUCUCCUCCCGUUCCAGCACCGCGGUGCCCACACCCUGAGCUGCAGCACCUUCUCCUCGGUCCCCAGACGCCUGGGCCGGCUCCUCCUGCUGCUGCAGCACCAGGCUCAGGCGGGGCGCAUCAAGGUGCUGCUGCGCAAGGCAGAGGCGCUGGGCCGGCUCUCCCGCCUGCCGGGAGCCCCAGGCCACUACGUCAUCGUCCAUCUCCACCACGACGGCCACAUCAUCGACACCAAGGAGACCAAGCCCGCCAGUGGCUACAACCCCGUGUGGAACGCGCCCUUCCUCUUCAGCAUCCCCGCCGGGGACAUCCAGCAGCAGGAGCUGGCCUUGGAGUUCAUUGUCAUGCAGGCUCGGCUCCACACCCGCGGCUCCAUGCUGGGCCGUGUCCAGGUGGGGCCAGGUGCCCUUGGGACCGGGAUGCCGCACUGGAGGGACAUGUGCAGCCAGGCACCGCUGGAGUCGGAGCGUUGGCAUUGCAUCCAGCCCCCUGCACCCGGCCCUUGAUCCUGCGGGAAGGACUCGGGACUGAGCCAGGGGGGCUCCGAGCUGUGGAGAGGGGAUGUGGCACCCACACACCAGCGGGGGAGAAGCCCUGGCUCCAUCUCUGGGGCUGGAGAUCACUGGUGGUCGGCCCAUCCUGAACAUCUACAGAGGGGACUGAGCCCAUCUGAAGUGGGAGAGGAGAGGAGGAGAGGAGCUUUGUCUGCUCUGUCCCCUGUCUGCUCC